CCUCCCUCCCCCCUCCUCGCCUCUGCCGCGCCUCCUCCCUCCCCCCGCCGGUCCCUCCUCCUCCUCCUCCAACGGGCUGUGCGAUCGCCCGGGCGCCAUUCGCGCCCCCUCCUACAUCCGGUCAUGAGUUUCGCCCAAUCCCUCACGAACCGCUUCGAUGUGGUGUCCAACCACACAGCUGAUACCCUCGAGUUCACCAAGGAGGUUGUCGCCUUCUUCAAACGCCGCCUGGCCAUCGAGGAGGAAUACAGCAAAUCGAUGUACAAGCUCUCGCAGACGGUUGGCGAUGUGCGCAAGCGCUUCCCCUCCCUGGCUAAGUCCGAUCUGUUCGACACCUUCCUCUAUUCCAUGACCCAAAUGGCCGAGGUCACCGACUCCCAUAAAAAAAUGUGCACCCGCAUGAGCAACUUCGUUGUCGAUCCCUUCACCCCCUUCAUUCGUGAACUCGACAGCAUGCGCAAGAGCCUCGUCAACCAGGGCAAGAAGUAUAACUCCUUCCUGCAAGAGGCCUUUUCCGAUUUGAAACGCGCGCAGGAUGCCCAUGACAAACUGUCGCGCGAGUUGGAGGCCCUGGAUGGACAGAGUCUCCCGCCAGGCACCACGGCUGGGUCCGGCACUGGCGGAUCCGGCACCGACGGCCCAGAUGGCCAGGCUCACUUCUCCAGCACUGGCGGCGGGAGCUGGAUCGAUGUCAUCCGCCGGGACAACCCCUCGAAGAUUGCCACCAAAACGCAGCAGCUCCGGGAGAAGCUUCGCCUCUCGGAGAGCACCCUGGAGCUGGCCAAGCGCACGUGCGACGAGCGCCAAACCAGCCACUAUGAGGACCUGAUGCCCGGGCUGCUGGAGCGCUUCGAAGGCUGGGAGCGCAAUCGCAUCGAGUUCACCCUGAUGAAGAUGCAGGCCGCCCUGAGGAUUGAGCAUGAGCUCUUGCCGACACUGAUGACCUACCAGGCCAACAUGGACUCGGCCCUGCGGGCCUACUCCGAGGAUGAGGAGAUUGCCUCCUUCGUGGCCGAGCAUGCUAGUUCCGACAAUACUCUGCGCACCUCUGUUGCUUCCCUCACGCAGAGCCUCCGCCAAGGGCGUCUGCAGUAUCUGACCCCUGGUGGUUGGCGCUCCGUUUACUUUGUGCUCAUGGCCUCCACGCAGUUGGCAUACAUCUUCGAGUCCGAGAGCUCCUCCCGGCCGAAGUUCACCUUCCACCUGUUUAAUGCCUGCGUUCGGCCCAUUCAUGAGUCGGCCUACGGCCGGCGGAAUGUUUUCUGCAUCGACUGGCCAGCGUCUCCCAAUGUCGCCCUCGCUCGAGUCCAGGAUGACAAUGACAUGGAAAGUGGCUCCACCGAAUCGCUGGCGAACUCGGGGUCUGCCUCUCCUCUGACACGCGGCUCCGCACAGAAGGGGCGCUCUCUCUUCUUCGCCAGCGAGGAUAUCAUCGAUGCAUUCAACUGGAUCCACUGUCUCAAGUCGGUGGCCAAGAACAUCGACUCUGUCAACUUCCACCUUUUCCCUCGGCUGUGUGAUCGCCUGUUGGUUCGGUUGACCGAGGCUCGUGGACUGCCCAUCGCUUCGGAUUUGUCCUCCUCGCUGCUCCGGUCGUCGAACCUCAACUACCACUGCGUCCUUAGCUUCGAUGACUCCACCCUCCCCGAGGCCAUCACCCAGUCGGUCAGUGGGUAUUCUCCUGGGGCGGAAAGCGGGCGCCCCCUUUGGAAUGAGGCCUUCUCCUUGGAGGAUAUUCCCCACUUCCGCUCAGUCACAGUGCGCGUGUUCGCUUCCGGCUUGACAAGUCUGUCGAGUCUGACCAGCCGCGCGCAGGAUGUGUGCAUUGGUCAGGUCAUCAUCCCGCGGGCCGUGAUCAUGGCGGUUUCUGGCGUCCAGGAGAACGCUGAUGGCGUGCCAACCUCCCAGAUUGACCCGGCGGAGUUCUGGUUCCCGCUGACCGGCAGCCCGGAGCAUGGCAUCCAGUCCGGUCUCAUCGGUUCUGCGGUGAAUUCCCUGGCCGAGCUCCAGGGUGGUCAGACUGCCGGCUUUGCUGUCCGGCUGCGCUUCGAGCUUCAGCCGGAGAUCGUCAUGCCCGUGAACAUGUCCUUCAAGUUUGAUCGCGCCAUCGCCAGUCCCUCCUCCUACUUCCCGAUCCGUGCCCUGCUGGAGGAGAAUGGAAUUGAUCGCGACCGGUUUACUCGGCUGAUUGUCCGCCACUGGACCGUGCGCGGCGUGGCCAACGAGCGAAUCCAGUACAUUAACGAUUAUGAGAUCGCCACGUCGGAAAACACCUCCACCCUCUUCCGCAGCAAUACCAUCGCCUCCAAGAUGACCGAGCAGUAUCUGCGUCUUCUGUCAACCGGAUACGUGGCUUCGGUUCUUGGCCCGGUGAUUCGGUCGAUCCAAUCCACCCGACUCAGCUACGAGGUGGACAACUCGCGUGUCGAUGACAUCGAGGAGCUCCGCAAGAAUGCCCGACGCCUGGUGACCGCCUGCAAAAACCUUCUUGACUUGGCAUCCACCAACUUGGACCAGUUCCCGGCCGACCUAUCGUACAUCCUGUCGCGCAUCCGCAGCUCGGUCAUGUCUCGUUUCCCGAACGAUGCGAAGGCUCACUACACCUGCGUUGGGGGCUUCGUCUUCCUGCGUCUCCUUUGUCCGGCCCUGCUGUCACCGCGCAGCUUUGGCCUUGUGACCGAGCAGCCUGACGACCGUGCCACUCGGGCGCUCAUGCUCAUUGCCAAGGUUGUGCAGAAUGUGGCCAACCUGGUCCCGGACAAGUCCCUCAAGGAUCUCUCCUCGGUGCCAGAGGUGGCCUCCUUCAUCAACGAGAGCCACGAUGUGAUGCGCUCCUUCCUGGUCCGGAUCUCGUCUGUCUCCGAUGGUUUCCUGCACCAGCCCAAGAGCGAGACCUUGACUGCCGGCUCGCCGGAGUUCUACACCCAAAUCCAGUCGUACUCCAACAUCAUCACUGCUUACGACCCGAACCGCGAGCUUUCCUCCAUUUGCUACGUCUUCAACCAGUUUAAGCACUCGAUCGAGUCGAACCCGGCCCACCAGAAUGAUGUCAACAUCGUGGAGACAUACCUCGAGCUGACGGCCCUCAACCGCUAUUGCCGAGUGACGCGUUCCGAGCUUGAGCGCAGUCUCUCCUCCGAGCGCCAGACUGGCUUGCAGCUCAACUCAACUCCCACCUCGCCGCUGCCCUCUCCCCUGCCGAAUGCCGACACGCCGACCGGUGAUGGCCAGCGCCGGUCCGCCAGCCAACGCGAGGUCGACACCCAGGAUCUUCCUGGAUCACCCUUGGCAACGCCAAUUUCCUCGAAGUCCUCACCUUUGCUCCGGCGCAAGUCCUUCUCGCUGCGGCCGAAUGCCUCGGCCGCCAGCUCCAUGCAGGGGCCCACCACCACACCGCCUCGGCAGCCACCGGCCUCGCCGUCACCUCGCCCGGCCAUCCCCUCACCGAUGCCCAACGCCGGUGGCCGUCUGACGUCGCUGCCGCCGCCACCACCACCGCUGGCCUCGUUGGCCACCGGCGGUCCGGCCGCCGGGAGUGGCAUGUCCUCGGGGACGGCGGUGCCCUUCUCGGCCCCGCCGCCCGGAGUGUACUCGGCCACGUCGUCGGGCUAUGGUGCCGCGCCGCCCUCGGCCCCGCCAAGGCUCAGCCCGGCGAUCUCUGCCAGCCAAUUGCCUCUGCCCCCGAAGCCGUAUGCAAUGCCCGGCGGUGCGGCCGCAGCCGCAGCAACAACGCAGCCCCGGCCCGAGACUGGGGCGGCAGCCAGCCAGCUGGCCGGCCAUCCUCCUCCCCCGGGAUCCCUGACCCCGGGCCAUGUGUCUGCUGGGGCUGCCUCUCAUGACAAUGCCACCACCCCGAGCCCGGUGGACACGAUGGGCGGCCACCCGGACGAUGAGCCCCGGCCCAAGCACCGUCUACGGCUGUCCUUCCCCUCGAUAUCCCUCGGCAUCCGGUCGUCCAGCUCGUCGUACUCCCUGUCGGCUGACGCCGCUGGCGGCAGCGGAGCCAGCGGCGCAUCUUCCUCACAGCCGUCCUCCGGAUCGGGGAGCCCGGCCCCGGCGAUGAUGAGUGGCACGCCAUCGGGAUCGCCCCCGCCACCAACCACCGGCGGGUGGGCCUCUCCGCGUCCAGGCCCGACGGCAGGCGGAGUUCCCUCGAAUCUGAUGCGCGAGCUGUCCGGGCGUCUAUCAGCCCACCGGGAGUCCCUUCCCCCGUCCCCAUGACGGGCGGGAGUACCCACAAAGGAGCCAAUAUGCAUAUGCACCCGAGGCGUUGGACCAGGACGAAGGCUGGCGAGCACCCCCAGCGCGAAGAGUGCCGCGCUGUCUGUCUCUCCCUCCCCCUCCCCCCUCCUUCUUUGUCUUCUCACGCAUAUGCACACAUCGUGCCCGUACAUGGCUGUGACCAUGGAAAUAUACACUAGACUUUUCUCCUUC